GCAAACAAGCUACGGACAAAAACCCUGAAGAACACGCUGAACCCAGUGUGGAACGAGACGCUGGUGUACCAUGGCAUCACAGCAGCUGACAUGACCACAAAAACGCUCAGGUUGUGUGUAUGUGACAUGGACAGGCUCGGCCGAAAUGAAUUCAUCGGAGAGGUGAGGGUGGCCCUGAAGAAACUGAAAGAGGGCGAGAACAAACGCUACAAUAUGGGCUUGGAGAGAAUUGCACAGAAUAAAGAAACUAACAAUCAAACGGUGGAGCAGGGAGCGCUCGUGGCGGAGGAGGAGCGCGGCCGCAUCCUGGUGUCACUGUGCUAUAACACAGAGAAGAGCUGUCUGCUGGUUGGUAUCAUACGCUGUGCCCAUCUGGCUGCCAUGGACUCCAACGGCUACUCUGACCCCUUCGUCAAAAUCAUCUUGCAGCCUGAUAUGGGGAAAAAGUCCAAGAACAAGACUUCAGUGAAAAAAAAGACUCUCAACCCUGAAUUCAAUGAGGAGUUUUCAUACGAAGUACCCGUGGACCAGCUGGCGAAGAAAACCCUGGAGAUCUCUGUGUGGGACUACGACUUGGGAAUGAGCAACGACUUCAUAGGCUCAGGGGAAACUCCAUCGAUCUCUGUUUGGAGGCGGUGGUAGUGUUGUGGGGGUGGAGAUGACAAAGUGCCG